CAUCCUAUAAAGAUAAUCUAAAUAAGAAUGAUUUGAAUGAAUAAUAUAUUUCUUAUUAAUCAGGUAAGAUGUCAGAUGGUAGAGAUAUACAUUUGAAGUUGUUUAAGAAUAGGUUUUAUGUAUGAUGUAAAUUAUGAAGAUAAGCCACUUCAAAAUUAUAAGAAUUUUUUAAGAAUUCUUUACAUAGAAGAGUAAGAGUAGAGACUAUAUUAAAUUGCAUUUAAAUUAACAUUACUCACAGAUUCAAAAGUAUUGUCAUUUUAUGAAGUGAAACAUAAUAGUCUAAUAUUAUUAAAGAAUAUACAAUAUAAAUUGGAAUAUUUUUGGCAGAAAAUAGAAAUUUGAGAUUGAAGAAUCUAAAAGUAUUGUAAGAGACUAGAAAAAGUGAGAGAAUAAAAAAUAAUAUUGAGUAAUAGAUUAUUUGAUACCAG